UGCAUCAAAUCCUCAAUACUUGUUUAUCACUAUCACUUCCCCUUCCUAUCUCUGAAGCCAUUCUCGUUCAUUUUGUUUUUUUAUCUUCUCUUUAUCUCCCUCAACAAGAUUCCUAUAAAGUUCGUAGCGGCUUUCACACAACUUUAAGAAAAUUGUAUGGAGCCUUGCACCAAUCAACUGACACCUCUUUUUAACGCAGAAAAUCUCGUGAAUCCGUGAUCGCAAACAAAACAAUGUCUCCCCCUUCUAUGUUAGGCAACCGCAAAGACGGUUCUGAAAUUGCUGUUGCGGAAAACUAUGCUGACAUUAAUUGGGAUGAGCUUGGAUUUAGUCUAGUUCCAACAGAUUACAUGUAUGUCAUGAAAUGUGCAAAAGGAGAUAAGUUUUCACAAGGAUCCAUCGUUCCAUUUGGAAACAUAGAGAUCAGCCCUUCUGCUGGAAUCUUAAAUUAUGGACAGGGACUCUUUGAGGGGCUAAAAGCACAUAGAACUGAAGAUGGGCAUGUACUUUUAUUUCGACCAGAUGAGAAUGCUCAACGCAUGAAACGAGGUGCAGAUAGAUUGUGUAUGCCAUCCCCAUCUCCUGGCCAAUUUGUUAAUGCUGUAAAGCAGAUAGUUAUUGCCAACAAACGUUGGGUGCCUCCACCAGGGAAAGGGUCACUAUAUAUUAGGCCAUUGCUGAUAGGAACAGGAGCAUUGUUAGGGGUGGCACCUGCCCCUGAGUAUACAUUUCUUAUUUAUUGUUCUCCAGUUGGCAGCUACCAGAAGGGUGCACUAAAUUUAAAGGUUGAGGAUAAACUAUAUAGAGCAAUAUCUGGCUGUGGUGGAACUGGAGGGAUCAAAAGUGUCACCAAUUAUGCCCCUGUUUAUACUGCAAUGGCUGAUGCAAAGGCCAACGGAUUCUCUGAUGUGCUGUUCUUAGACUCAGCAACUGGAAAACAUAUAGAGGAGGCCUCAGCAUGCAAUGUAUUUGUUUUGAAGGACAAUGCUAUCUCCACUCCUGCAAUAGAUGGAACCAUCCUACCUGGUAUCACCCGAAAAUCCAUCAUUGACAUUGCCAUUGAUUUGGGUUAUCAGGUCAUGGAACGUUCCGUAUCAGUGGAGGAGAUGCUAGGUGCUGAUGAAAUGUUCUGCACUGGAACUGCAGUUGUUGUCAACUCUGUUGCAUCUGUAACUUAUAAGGAAACAAGGGUGGAUUACAAAACAGGCCCAGCAACAUUGUCCUCAAAACUACGGAAAACACUUGUUGGAAUUCAAACAGGGUGUCUUGAGGACAAAAAAUCAUGGACAGUCCGAGUAGAUUCAACAAUAUAGCACCGUUUCCGUCACAAAUAAAAAGAGAAAAAUAUUGCACCGUUUGUUAAAUUAUGCACGAUUCUUAUUUUAUCCCUAUCAUCACUAAGUUCUCGCCUCUCGAGUUUGAAAUACUUAAAAGGCAAUGUUUUGUCUCAUAUAGUAAUUUUAUCCUAUUCAAAUAAAAUUAUGUGUAACAUACCGUGGACAUGUGAUCCAGAAGAAAAAGUAAUAAGUUGUUACUCUUUUAUAGUUUUUACAUAAUAUUUAUAUCCCUAAUCUUCUAAAUUUAA